AUGGUUCACCUUGCUACCGUUAAGAAUGACGACGAAGUCUUCCACCCCGCUACCCGCGAGUUUGAAACCAUUGGCAAUGCCCCUACCCGCGAUGACAUUACUUCCAACGUCUACGGCAGCCACUUUGCUGCCGAUCACAUGCCCCAGCAUGAGAUGCCCGAGGAAGAGAUGCCUCGUCAGGUCGCUGCUCGUAUGAUCAAGGACGAGCUGAGCCUGGAUGGCAACCCCAAGCUGAACUUGGCUUCUUUUGUUACCACCUACAUGGAAGAGGAGAUUGAGCAGAUCAUGACCGACUCCUUCAGCAAGAACUUCAUCGAUUACGAGGAGUACCCCCACUCUGCAGAGAUCCAGAACCGCUGCGUCAACAUGAUCGCUCGUCUGUACAACUGCCCUACCGACCCCAAGGGCGAAAAUGCCAUGGGUACCUCCACAAUUGGUUCUUCCGAGGCGAUCAUGCUGGGCACGCUCGCUAUGAAGAAGCGCUGGCAGAACAAGCGCAAGGCCGAGGGCAAGGACUGGUCCCGCCCUAACAUUGUCAUGAGCAGUGCCGUUCAAGUCUGCUGGGAGAAGGCCGCACGUUACUUCGAUGUCGAGGAGCGUUAUGUCUUCUGUACCGACUCCCGCUAUGUCAUCGACCCCAAGCAGGCCGUUGACCUGGUUGAUGAGAACACCAUUGGUAUCUGUGCCAUCAUCGGAACCACCUACACCGGUGAGUACGAGGAUGUCAAGGCUAUCAACGACCUGCUCGUUGAGCGCAACAUCGACUGCCCCAUCCACGUCGACGCUGCUAGCGGUGGCUUCGUCGCUCCCUUCACCGUGCCCGAGCUGGAGUGGGAUUUCCGUUUGGAGAAGGUUAUCUCCAUUAACGUCUCUGGUCACAAGUACGGCUUGGUCUACCCCGGUGUCGGUUGGGUCAUCUGGCGCUCCCCCGAGUACCUGCCCCAGGAGCUUGUCUUCAACAUUAACUACCUUGGUGCCGACCAGGCCAGUUUCACUUUGAACUUCUCCAAGGGAGCCGCUCAGGUCAUCGGUCAGUACUACCAGUUGAUCCGUCUUGGCAAGCACGGUUUCCGCUCCAUCAUGGUCAACUUGACCCGCAUCUCCGACUACUUGUCUAGCGAGCUGGAGAAGAUGGGCAUGAUCAUCAUGAGCCAGGGUAAGGGUCAGGGUCUCCCCUUGGUGGCAUGGCGUCUGCCCAAGAGCGAAACUCGCGUUUAUGACGAGUUCGCCAUUGCCCACCAGCUGCGUGAGCGUGGCUGGAUUGUUCCUGCCUACACCAUGGCCCCCCACAGCGAGAAGCUGCAGCUGAUGCGCGUUGUUGUCCGUGAGGACUUCAGCAUGAACCGCUGCGACAGCUUGUUGACUGAUAUCAAGCUGGCUAUCCAGACCCUUGAGGAUAUGGAUCAGUCUAUGAUGACCAAGUACAAGGCCCACCGUGCUCACCCCCGUCACAAAAAGACUCACCACGCCUACCAGGAUGAGAAGCACUCGCUGCAGGGCAAGACUGGCAAGUCUCACGUUGUAUGCUAG